UCUGCUGAUGUGAAUCCUUCUGAGGAUGUUGGAGGGAGUGAUAAAAAUGUUAAGGAUGUUGAGAAGCCGAAGGGCGAUGAGUCUCGAUUGAAGGGGGACGAUUUCUUUGAUGGGUUGAGCCAGCUUGUAAUAGAUGAUGAUCAAGUUGUGUUGGCUGGCUUGGAGGCUGUUGCUAAAAUCAAUGUCCCCGCACCCAAUCCAGAUGUUGUUGGUGAAAAGUCAGAUGCCAUUCAUACUGAUGAAGAAACUGAGGAUACUGUCUCUGAUACACCUCUGUUGGAUAAGAGGAAGCGUGCUCCGGCCUUGAAAUCUCCAUUUGUUGAUUUCGGGUCUGCUGAUGUUGGGAGCACUCCAAUGGAGCUUAUGUCCUCAGGUUCUCAGUCUGCUUUGGGGAAGAUAGGGAUUUCAAAAUGGUGACUUAUGUGAAGGGCCUUUAUGCUCUUAAUGAUGCUUUUGCUGAUCCCGUAUCUACCGAGAUUGAGGCAAAAUUUGACUCUUGGAUUGGUGAAGGAUUGCUUAAACAUCCCAGGCAUUAUAAUUGUUAUGAAGACGGCGCAAAGAAAUUUACCCCGGGUUUUAGGCUAGGUGUUGAUUAUGUUGAGGAUAAAACUUGGUUUUACCAUUUGGCCACAUGCGACAUGUUUAUGAACGACUCGCAUAUGAACACCAUAUUCUAUUACCUUCGGAAAAAAGGUAAGUAUUCUUCCGCUGUGACGUUGAAUUUCGCAACCACUGAUUGUCUUUUUGAUGAUUCCAUCCAAGCAUUGUACCACAAAUUUAACAAGGCCAAGUCAAUGAAGACUAAGAUGUCACACAUUCACGCUGCCCACCCAAUUGCGCAUUACAUCCGAGGUAUGCGCAGUCCCUGUUCCAAGCCUUGGUAUGAAGCCGAUCACGUGCUUUUCAUCAUCAAUUUAAGAAGGGAAAGUCAUUGGGUUUUUGGGCGUCUUGACGUGCACGAAAGGACGUUAUUUACGUACAAUUCUUUGAGAACCGCGAAGAUGAAUGCCGCAGCUAGGAAUGCGAUGAAGGCUUAUUCCGUGUUGUUGCCUUUGUUUUUCGAUUUACUUGGGUUACGGAAGAAUAGAGCACAAGUUCCUGCCUCAGUUUCUGACCCUACAGCUCCAUUCAGAAUCGUGGAGCUUAGUGGUCUUGCGUCUCAGCAGAAGAAGUGAGUGUUUCUUUUAAGUUUCUUUUAUGUUGUUUUUUAGUUUCUAAUCUGUUUAUUUUUUCUCUAUGUUUUUUAACAGUGAUUGUGGAGCAUAUGUUCUUGCC